AUGGGCCUGGAGGACAUCCAGGCGGCCGCAGAGCUGGGAAAAGUGGCAGACUGGGAUGGAAUUCCAGCACCCCUGGGAAGUGGGGAUUCCCCACUUCCACCUUCCUCUCUCUCUCUCUCUCUCCCCGCAGUCGACAUCCGGGAGAUCAAGGAGAUCCGCCUGGGCAAGAACUCCCGGGAUUUCGAGCGCUACCCCGAGGACGCUCGCAAGUUGGACUUCACCAUGUGCUUCAUCAUCCUCUACGGGAUGGACUUCAGGCUGCGGACGCUCAGCGUGGCCGCUUUCUGCGAGGAGGACAUCAACCUCUGGAUCACGGGGCUCAACUGGCUGGUGGCUGAUACCCAGAGGGCCCAGACCCCGCUGCAGAUCGAGAGGUGGCUGCGGAAGCAGUUUGAUGGGAUGGACCGGGCACGGGAGGGCAGCAUCACCGUGAAGGACCUGAAGGCGAUGCUGCCCCAGGUGAACUACCGAGUUCCCAACAUGAGAUUCCUGCGGGAUAAACUCGUGGAAGUGGAAGCCAGGAAUGAAAUGACUUUCUCCCACUUCAUCCAGUUCUACAAAAACCUGAUGUUUGACGCCCAGAAGUCGGUCAUCGAGCAGCUGGAGCUCUCCUUCCCUCUGAGGAACGUGGAUCGCCCCGAGCUCUGCCAGGUCUCCCUCUACGACUUCCAGAAGUUCCUGCUGCACGACCAGAAGGAAUCCUGGGCCAGCGACGUGGGCAUGGUGCGGGAAUACAUGUGCACCUACCUCAGGGAGAGCUCCGGCGACGCCGCCGAUCCCUCCUUCCAGCUGGAUGAGUUCCUCACGUACCUCUUCUCCAAGGAGAACAUGGUGAUGGACGCCAAGUACGAGCGCGUGGUGCCCGAGGAGAUGAACCACCCCCUGUCCCAGUACUGGAUCUCCUCCUCCCACAACACGUACCUGACAGGGGACCAGUUUUCCAGCGAGUCGUCCCUGGAAGCGUACGCGCGGUGCCUGCGGAUGGGCUGCCGCUGCAUCGAGUUGGACUGCUGGGAUGGCCCCGACGACCUCCCCAUCAUCUACCACGGCCACACGCUCACCUCCAAGAUCAAAUUCCUGGACGUUCUUCACACCAUCAAGGAACACGCCUUUGUCACCUCCGAGUUCCCCAUCAUCCUGUCCAUCGAGGACCACUGCAGCAUCGUCCAGCAGAGGAACAUGGCCUCCCACUUCAAGAAGGUCUUCGGGGACAUGCUCCUCACCAAGCCCGUGGACAUCAACGCCGACGAGCUGCCCUCGCCCACCCAGCUCAAGAAGAAGAUCCUGAUCAACCCUCAUUACUUCGUCCUGACGAGCAACAAGAUCUACUACUCGGAGGAGACCUCCCGCUACCAGUUCAACGAGGACGAGGAGGAGGUGGAGCAGAAGGAGGAGUUCAACAACAACGAGCUGCACUUCACGGAGAAGUGGUUCCACGGCAAGCUGGGAGGGGGCCGGGACGGGCGGCAGAUCGCCGAGAAGCUGCUGCACGAGUACUGCACCGAGACGGGCGGCAAGGACGGCACCUUCCUGGUGCGCGAGAGCGAGACCUUUGUGGGCGACUACACCCUCUCCUUCUGGAGGUCCAGCCGGGUGCAGCACUGCCGGAUCCACUCGCGGCAGGAGGCCGGGGCCACCAAGUUCUACCUGACGGACAACCUGGUCUUCGACAGCCUCUACAGCCUCAUCUGCCACUACCGGGAGGUGCCGCUGCGCUGCAACGAGUUCGAGAUGCGCCUCACCGACCCCGUCCCGCAGCCCAACGCCCACGAGAGCAAAGAGUGGUACCACGCCAGCCUGACGCGCCUGCAGGCCGAGCACAUGCUGAUGCGGGUGCCGCGCGACGGAGCCUUCCUGGUGCGCAAGCGCAGCGAGCCCAACUCCUACGCCAUCUCCUUCCGGGCGGAGGGGAAGAUCAAGCACUGCCGGAUCCAGCAGGAGGGGAGGCUCUUCAUGCUGGGCAGCUCGGCCGAGUUCGAGAGCCUGGUGGAUCUCAUCAGCUACUACGAGAAGCACCCGCUGUACCGCAAGAUGAAGCUGCGCUACCCCAUCAACGAGGAGACCCUGGAGAAGAUGGGCACCACCGAGCUGGACUAUGGAGCCCUGUAUGAGGUGCGGACCCCCCACUUCUACGUGGAGGCCAACAAGAUGCCCAUGGCCAGGUGCACGGUGAAGGCCCUGUACGACUACAAGGCGCAGCGGGAGGACGAGCUGUCGUUCUGCAAGCAGGCCAUCAUCCACAACGUGGACAAGCAGGACGGCGGCUGGUGGCGGGGGGACUACGGGGGCAAGAAGCAGCUCUGGUUCCCGGCCAACUACGUGGAGGAGAUUGUGGGCACCCAAGCGCCGGAGCAGGACGAGGCCUCCUCGGAAAACAGCCCCCUGGGGAACUUCCUGAAGGGAUUCAUCGACGUCCCGUCCUGCCACGUCGUGAUCUCCAAAGACGGCAGGAGCUCCAAACCAUUUGUCUUCACCAUCCAUUCCCAGCAGAUGUCCCACGCCGCCCAGUCCCUGGACGUGGCCGCGGACACGCAGGAGGAGCUCAGCGAGUGGGUGGCCAAGAUCCGGGAGGCCACGCAGAACGCGGACGCCCAGAUGCAGGAGGGGAAGAUCAUGGAGCGGAGGAAGAAGAUCGCGCUGGAGCUCUCGGAGCUGGUCGUCUACUGCCGCCCGGUGCCGUUCGAUGAGGACAAGAUCGGCACGGACAAGGCGUGUUACCGGGACAUGUCGUCCUUCCCGGAGACCAAGGCGGAGAAAUACGCCAACCGCAGCAAGGGCAAGAAAUUCCUGCAGUACAACCGGCGCCAGCUGAGCCGGAUCUAUCCCAAGGGCCAGCGCCUGGACUCCUCCAACUACGACCCACUGCCCAUGUGGAUCUGCGGGAGCCAACUCGUGGCCCUCAACUUCCAGACGCCCGACAAGCCCAUGCAGCUGAACCAGGCGCUCUUCAUGCUGGGGGGCCGCAGCGGGUACGUCCUCCAGCCCGACAUCAUGAGGGACGAGACCUUCGACCCCUUCGACAAGAACAGCCUGAAGAUCGUGGAGCCCAUCACGGUCCAGCUGCAGAUCCUGGGCGCCCGGCACCUGCCCAAGAACGGCCGGAGCAUCGUGUGCCCCUUCGUGGAGGUGGAGGUUUGCGGCUCCGAGUACGACAACAGCAAGAACAAGACGGAUGUCGUGGCCGACAACGGCUUCAACCCCGUGUGGCUCUUCAAGCAGUUCGUCUUCGACAUCAACAACCCCGAGUUCGCCUUCCUGCGCUUCGUGGUGUACGAGGAGGACAUGUUCAGUGACCCCAACUUCUUGGCACAGGCCACCUUCCCCGUCAAGGGCCUCAAAACAG